AUGAUGCCUUACGUAGCUAGGCUUAAUAGCCUAAGGCUUGAUUUUGCGCGAUCAUUCCUCCACGGAAGGCAGCGCGUUCCGCUGUGUCGCCAGGCACUGCAGUUACGGACAAAUCACUCAACCAACGGAGCCUUCAGACACGUAAAGGAGGCUGAAAACUCCUUCAGAACAGAUGCUUCAACCGUCCACGAUUCAAAUGGCAUCAAAGGGUCUUCAGAGGCGCUCUUUUCGAGGGGAGGAGAAGCUACACCUGGGCACUCUGGCCACUACCCUGGCAAUUGUUCAAGAUGGUUCAGAAUUGCAAGGCCAGGAAAGGAGAAACCUGUCGCAUACUGGUUGUUAGGUUCCGCUGGUAUCACUGCAGGUGUGAUGGCGAUAGGUGCCUACGUGAGACUCAACGAGAGCGGACUCUCAAUGCUGGACUGGAAUUUACUGGGAAAACACCUGCCCAAAGAUGAAGAUGAGUGGGGUCGUGAAUUCGAACGAUACAAGGUGGUUCAAACCGUAACAACUUGCAUGUCGCAACAGGCCACACCGGAAUACAAGCAGGUGCACUACGAUAUCACCAUCGAGGACUACAAGAACAUAUAUCUCAACGAAUGGGUUCACAGAAUGCUGGGAAGGUUUGCUGGGAUGUGUUUUGGUGGAGGUGCUCUGUUCCUGGCCAUACGUGGUGCACUGGCGCCAGGGGGAUACAUGCUUGCAAUAGGUGUAUCGGGAAUAGGCCUUUCACAGGCGUUUGUCGGGAAGUGGAUGGUGGAAAGCGGAUUUAAAGAACCGGAAACUGAAAAUAAGACGCCCAGGUAA